CGCGGCUCCCCGGGGCGCCGCGGCGCACAGUUUGGUUCACUGUUGAACCUGACUGAUCAACAUUCCCAGCGCAAGGGUGAAGGGGGGGCUACCGAACUUGAUUCUGACGACCACAUAGCAUGGUAUCACCUUGGAGUAGAACUGGCUAUCCAGCGUCGACUUGACGAAGCUCUUGGCGCCUGCCAGCGGGCUCUCUAUAUUGAGCCCAGCCACACAAAUACAUUACGCCUUCUAGCAUUACUCUACACGGCUUCACGCAACCAUCUCCAUACCUCGUCUUCGGCAUCACUCACUUUCUCGCAGAUGCAUGGACACUCUCCAAUUUCGGCGUCAACAUCGACAGGUACAGCUCCUCUUCACCAAAACCAGCCUCAGCAGCAGAAACAAUUCCCUUUACCGAGCACUCCAACAGGGCCGGCAGGCCCAGCAGCUGAAACAGGCGGAUCCGAUGCCCCAGGACCUGGAGGUCGUCCAGGAUCAGCAGCGGCAGGAAAUACUGAUGUGUCGGUACUAGGAGGUGGAAGUAAAGUUACAACUUCGAGUGGAAAGGUGGGCGGUUUAUCCGCCUGGUCUAUAGGACGGGUAAGGUUAUACUAUUUUAUGUUAGGCUAA